AUGGGCGAGUUCAGGUGGCCGUCCGCUGUGCUGACCUACAACGCGAAGCACAAGAGCCUGGUGUUCACCAGCCUGGUGUUCCACAGCCUGGUGGUGAACACCACUCUGGCGACCGUGAUAGUGGUAGCCCGUCUGCCGACGCUGACAGUGAUCCAAUGCAGCAGGCUUUUCGUGAGCUUGGGCAUGACACUUUCCUGGCCUACGGCGUCUACUGCUGCAGCAAGUGUGCAGGCAUUUGUCAACAAACACGGCCGCACGCUGCGCGGAAGUUGCGAAGGUUGUGCGAGGGCUUCUCGGUGA